GUCGGGAAAUGGGGGCACUGAACCCUCCCCCUUGCACAAGAUGAGGGUCACUGGGGACCCCCCGCACGGUGGGGUCCCCAGUUUCCCUCUCUACUCUGCUCUUGUGAGGCCCCAUCUGGAGUACUGUAUCCAGGUAUGGAGCCCCCAGGACAAGAAAGACAGAGAGCUGUUGGAGAGGGUCCAGAGGAGGGCCACGAAGAUGAUCGGGGGCUGGAGCACCUCCCCUACAAAGACAGGCUGAGGGAGCUGGGCUUAUUGAGCCUGGAGAAGAGAAAGCUGCGGGGUGACCUCAUUGCAGCCUUUCAGUACCUGAAAGGAGCCUAUAAACAAGAAGGGAGUAAACUCUUUGAAAGGGUAGGUAACAGCAGGACAAGGGGGAGCGGUUUUAAGUUGAAAGAGGGAAGAUUUAGGUUGGAUGUUAGGGGGAAGUUCUUUACCAGGAGAGCGGUGAGGUGCUGGAACGGGCUGCCCAGAGAGGUUGUAGAUGCGCCGUCCCUGGAGGUGUUGAAGGCCGGGUUGGAUGGGGCCCUGGGCAACCUGGUCUAGUAAAUGGGGAGGUUGGUGGAGAUUCGUGAUCCUUGAGGUCCCUUCCAACCCAUGCCAUUCUGUGUUUCUGUGGGGGGCAACAAAAGCUUCUGCGAUGAGCGGGAAGAGUUGAAGACUGAUUUCUGUUAAUCACAAAAGGUCUGUGUGCUUGUGAAGAGAUAAAUUAACUUAUUUAUCACUUUAUUUUGCGCUUCAUUCAAAUAUUCAACUAAAUCCUAAGUUCUGGAGCAGGUCAAACUGGUUCAGUAGACCGAAGUGCAGAAUAUUUUCCAGUGGAUCGUAAUGCGUGAACCACGGAAAUGGCUGUGGAAGGGCCGUGGGUGACACUGCUGGUAGGAAGAGCAUACCAGACUCCAAUCAGAACGUGAGAAUCUGGCUCUGUCCGAGUCCCAAACGCGUGGCCAACAGGCCAUGUGUCCGCAGGGUGGUGUUGCCGGUCAGCUGAGAACAGACACGUGUGGCUGAAGAGUCUGACACUGGUCUGGUAAAAAGUCUACUUACAUGAGUCCGUGUUCAGAGACACAACCACAAAAAGAGGUGUGCCUGAGUGAUCCCUGCCAGGGCCUACAGAGAGCACCUGCCGUGUUAAGGUAUCUCAAAAAUGGUGUUGGGAAGUGACACUUGGGGAGGUGUUUCCGCGGUUGCCUGGGGCUUGUCUGUAUUCCCUCUCGACGCCGUUACUGAGGUUUCUGCAGUGAAACCUGGCGCUGGUUUCCGUUCCUAGCUAUUUGUAAAUAGUUUUCAGAUUCUCAGUAUUAGCCAUUCCUAUGAAAACUGGGGUUGCUGUUCUGUACCUUGGAAUGGAAUAUUCCUCUGUGCUGCAGUAUCUGGGAUUUAUACUUCAGCACAAAACGUGAAGCGUGAGCAGCUGAGCUCCAGGAGCAUUCCAACACUGCGCAGUGAGUGCUGCCUCCAAACGCGAAGCAAUUGCUAGCAUUCCAGAGACCGAGCACUUCAGAAGUUAUGUAGGUACCUUGCAUACAGCUGAGCACCAAACCAGAAGUGGAGCCUUGUGUGGAUUUCACCAGCUGGGAUUUGGAGACUCCGAGAGCCUGGACUGAGGGUGCGCAACGCAUCAGCUUAUAGGAAACUGGGGGUCGGGAGGGGGCUGGCGGAAAUUAAAUGUGAAGGUAGAGGGUGUCUGGGAACAUGAGGUACUAUCAGUGGGGACCGAAGGCAAAGAAUUUGAGGAGAUGAAAAUGAGGAGAGCGAGAGCCCCUUCUCCAUCUCCGAAAGCUAUGUGUCAGAGUUAUCUCCAUCCCCACCUCACUGGGAGGUGACCCGGGCCCCACCUCGGAACCCCGGUUACCUGGGCACCUGGGCAUGCUGGUGCUGUGCUCUGGGGCCAUGGAGCAGCGGUGGGUGCCCCUCCUGCUGCUCCUGGUGCCCUGGCUUCCGGGGCUCCACCCCUGCCUGCUCUGCUUUGGGCCCCCCGUUCAGUGGGCCCGGCUCUGCCGUGAGAUCGCCAGGAGCUCUCAGAAGGACUCCCAGCACCAGCACUGCCUGGAGGCCCUCGCAGAGGCUGCUGUGCCACUUGCCCCUGUCACUGUGGGGUCAGGUCAGAGCGAAGCACUGCGGAAGAUCAUCAUGGAUGCCUUGCAUUUACUGGAGAAGCAGAAGGACAAGAGUGAGCAGGGAUGUGUGUGCGGAUGAGACGUAUAGGAGCUCCUGCCUGCAUCCCCCCCUGCGGGCACCAGCCGGCCGCCCGCGUCUUCCAGUGCGCGACCUGCCGCCUCGUGGACUGCCAGUUCCCUGUAGACUGCCCAGGUGGGGGCGCGGGGGCCGGGACAUCGCUACCCAGGCUGUGUGUCUGCCCGUGUCUGCUGCGAGCACCGGCAGUCGCACGGGGGUGCAGCCGCUCCUGCAGGUGCGUGAGCGCGGGUGGGCUCAGCUGGCAAUGCUCCCAGUUCAGGACGUGUGGGUCCACGAGGAUGAAGCCAUCACGCUGCACUGCGACGUGCCCUUCGCCGUCCCUCCUGAGCUGCAGGUUACGUGGAUGUUUGCCAAGGAUAUACGCACGCAGGACCUGGCGCUGUUUGAGGAGCUGCAGAGGGGCAUUGGGGAACCGCCCAGCCUGACCGUGCAGGACCCCACCCUGGGAACCAUCGCCUGCCGCCUGGGGGCCGCCUCUGAGACCCUGGCCCGCAAGUACUUCUACCUCAACGUGUCGGGGGGAAGCGUGGAGGCUGAGCAGGAGCUCCAGGCCCGGUUCAGAGCUGUGCUGCGCUGGCCCCAGGGCAGGGCCCCCCUGCACCUCACCACAUCCCUGCAGCUGGGGCUGGUCCUUGGCGUCGCGGGGCUCGUGCUGCUGCUGCUGCUGCUGCUGGCCUCCUGGCGAUGCUGCCGAAAAUCUCCGGAGCCUCCCAGACCCCCGUGACUCCCGGGCACCCCAUGGACCUGGACACCAGGGCCUCAAAGGGAGUGUGGACUCCUGUGGACUUUCACCAGGCUCUUUCCCCGAGGGCCAAAACAUCAGCAGUUGCUCAUCGUGCGUUGUCCGCUGGGUGUAAUGGGGACUCCCGGGGCCUUCCCCUGACUCUUUGCCCGUAUGGAGUGGGGGAGAAUUUGCCUUUGCUUCUGUUACAAAUUAUAAUCAUAAUGUCUUAGCUA